GCCCUGCGGUGUCACGGCCCGGGAGCGUGAAUAGGAUCAACCCAGGUCUUCGGGGCCUGGGCCACCUGCCUCUGAGACACCCCAGCAGCAUUUAGCCGGAAAUAGAUAGAAGCUGGGAUGGAAAAGAGAAUCGAGAGUUAAUGGGUUGGAGGGCAGAAAAAAGUAUAGACGUUGUGGUUGGUCAAUUCUGGGUGUAGAAGACAGCAGUCAGGUUUCUGGGCCAGGCAGCCGGGUGUUGGAACCUGCAGGUCAGCAGAGAGCUGGGUGAAGGACCUUUGGGGAAAGAGGCUCAUUCGGGGCAGGUCUGGAGAUCUUGGCUCACCUCCUGAGGCUGGCGUCUGCCAGGUAUGGAGAAGAACAAGCAGCAUAGCCCAGCGCAGAAAGGAAGUGAGAGUCUAAGGUGCUGAAAACUCAUUGAAAUUGCUAGUGAACAUGCUGGGAGGAAGAGUAGGGAGAAAAAAAAAAGAUGAGCUUGUUCUUAAAGUCUUCUAGAAAAGUGGGGGAAGGUCCAAGAGCAAAACUAACAUGUUUUUAAAAUGCCCACAGUGGGUUUUUUUCCACAUUUGAUGCUGUACAGUCACCCCACGAAAUAGGCUGCCUUAUUUCCAUUUUACGGAUGAGGACACCGGAGGCUCCGAGGGGAACGCAGCUAGUUAGCAAGCCCUGGACUGCACUGGGAUGCAAGCCCAGCGCUGUCUGGCCGCAGAAUUCGUUCCUGCCGAAGAGUAAGUCCUUGAUUCCCAGGCCCUUUGAGGUCUGAGGAGGAGUCCAGUAGGUGAGAUUCUCUACCUCUAAGGAGAAACAGUACCUGCUCCUUCAGCAAGAGCAAGCUCUCCGUUGCUAUGGAUACCGAAUCCACGUAUUCUGGAUACUCUUACUAUUCUAGUCAUUCGAAAAAAUCUCACAGACAAGGGGAAAGAAAUAGAGAGAGGCACAAAUCACCCCGGAAUAAAGAUGGCAGAGGGUCAGAAAAAUCUGUCACCAUUCAAGCUCCCACCGGAGAGCCCUUGUUGGCAAAUGAUUCUACUCGGACAGAGGAAGCUCAGGAUGACAACUGGGGGGAGACCACCACGGCCAUCACAGGCACGUCGGAGCACAGCAUCUCGCAGGAGGACAUCGCCCGCAUCAGCAAGGACAUGGAGGACAGCGUGGGGCUGGACUGCAGGCGCUACCUGGGCCUCACCGUCGCCACGGUGCUCGGACUCCUGGUCUUCCUCACCCCCAUCGCCUUCAUCCUGCUGCCGCCCAUCCUGUGGCGGGAGGAGCUGGAGCCUUGUGGCACCAUCUGCGAGGGACUCUUCAUCUCCAUGGCGUUCAAGCUCCUGAUUCUGCUCAUCGGGACCUGGGCGCUGUUCUUCCGCAAGCAGAGAGCCGACGUGCCACGGAUCCUCGUGUUCCGUGCGCUCUUGCUGGUCCUCAUCUUUCUCUUCGUGGUCUCCUAUUGGCUUUUUUACGGGGUCCGCAUUUUGGACUCUCGGGACCGAAAUUACCAGGGCAUCGUGCAAUACGCCGUCUCCCUCGUGGACGCCCUCCUCUUCAUCCACUACCUGGCUGUUGUCCUGCUGGAGCUCAGACAGCUGCAGCCCAUGUUCACGCUGCAGGUGGUCCGCUCCACUGACGGCGAGUCCCGCUUCUACAGCUUUGGACACCUGAGUAUCCAGCGAGCAGCAUUGGUGGUUCUGGAAAAUUACUAUAAAGAUUUCACCAUCUAUAACCCCAACCUCCUAACAGCCUCCAAAUUCCGAGCAGCCAAGCACAUGGCCGGGCUGAAAGUCUACAACGUAGAUGGCCCCAGUAAUAACGCCACUGGUCAGUCCCGGGCAAUGAUCGCCGCAGCUGCUCGGCGCAGGGACUCGAGCCACAACGAGUUGUAUUAUGAGGAGGCGGAACAUGAACGGCGGGUGAAGAAGCGGAGAGCCAGGCUGGUGGUUGCAGUGGAGGAGGCCUUCGUCCACAUCCAGCGUCUCCAGGCUGAGGAGCAGCAGAAAGCCCCAGGGGAGGUGAUGGACCCCAGGGAGGCCGCCCAGGCCAUCUUCCCCUCCAUGGCCCGGGCUCUGCAGAAGUACCUGCGCACCACCCGGCAGCAGCACUACCACAGCAUGGAGAGCAUCCUGCAGCACCUGGCCUUCUGCAUCACCAACAGCAUGACCCCAAAGGCCUUCCUCGAGCGGUACCUCAGCACGGGUCCCACGCUGCAGUACGACCGGGAGCGCUGGCUCGCCAUGCAGUGGCGGCUCGUCAGUGAUGAGGCCGUGACCAGCGGGCUGCGGGAUGGACUCGUUUUUGUCCUCAAAUGCUUGGACUUCAGCCUCGUAGUCAAUGUGAAGAAAAUUCCGUUCAUCAUGCUCUCGGAAGAGUUCAUAGACCCCAAGUCUCACAAAUUUGUCCUUCGCUUACAGUCUGAGACGUCAGUUUAAAAGUUCUAUAUUUGUGGCUUUAUUAAAAAAAAAAAAAGAAUAUAUAGAGAGAUAUAUAUGUAUACCAGAGGGGCAUCUUUGUUUUUAUUAUUCUUCAUUGCUGACUGAACUGGCAGAUGAGAGACCAGGGUCCUUUGACCAUCUGCACUUUAUUUGGAAGGAAGCAGAAGAUGUCCGUCCUGGAAAAAAGUGACUGAUGACAUCUGACUUGGGGAUGGGACGUCUCUCGAGAAGCCGUUCCCUGGCGUUUCUGUGACAGCUGCAAACCAAAGCGGAGCUGGAGGUUCUUGGGAACCUCGCCUUACGACUCGUCCCUGCCUUUCGUCCAGCACCCAGCCCUG